AAUUUAAUGUGCCCUUACACCAAAAAUUAUAAAGUAAGCUAAAAAAGCUAGUGGGUUCAUACCCCAAAUAUGGUGUAUACCCUUUAUUAAUAAAAAUAUCAAAAAUUAUUUUAGUAUGAUUCAUUAUAUUAUCAAUUUUUAUUUCAAUCUCAUCUUCCUCAUUUUUAUUUUUAUGAUAUGUUUAGAAAUUAAUAUAAUAGCAUUUGUACCUUUAAUAAAUUCUAAUAACCAAAUAUCUUCAAAUAGAAUAAUUACCUACUUUAUUAUUCAAGCUUUAGCAUCAUCAGCUUAUAUUUUUAUUAUUAUUAACUUUUUAAUAAAUUGUGCAACUUCAAUUGAAAAAUUAAACCCAGCUAUCAGAUGUUCAAUAAUAAUCAAAGUGGGGGCUGCCCCUUUCCACAUUUGGUUCCCUCAAAUUAGAGAAGGAAUUUCUUUACAAAGCCUUCUUCUUCUAUCGUCAAUUCAAAAAAUUAUUCCACUCCACAUCACUAGAAUAUUUGUUAAUAAAUUUAUUUUUAUUGCCAUCACAAUAAGAGCUAUAAUAGGAUCCCUUGGAGGUCUCAAUCAAUUUUCAAUUCGAAAAAUUCUAGCAUUCUCAUCAAUUACACUUGCAUGGAUACUUAGACUUAUUAUACUUAACAGAAAUAUAUGAUUAAUAUACAUACUUAUUUAUACAACAAUUUUAGCUUUUAUUAUCAACUUUAUA